UACUAAUCAGAUGAAUUGGCAAUGCUAUUGGCGGAGUUUGAAUAUAGUUGAGCAGUGUUCCGCGGAAUCGGAUCUCAUACGAGACGCCUUGCCUUUCCACCAUUUGCCGUGCAAGAGAAGGCGAGCCGCUACUGGUGACGAAUCUUCUAGUGUCACAAGAAUCUUGCGAUUAUCACGUACCGCUAUAAUACCUUUAUCGCAAGACGUGCUUCCUCAGCUCUCUGCAAUGGAUACUUCCACCAGAACAUGCCCACCUUGCGCUUCGACAGAGAUCCUUUCGCCUCUUGCGCCACUGCAGGAUACUAGUGCAAAGCCGAGUCCAACUCAUACUUCCAAGGCUGAUGGUACACCCCAGCCAAAUGCCAAUCGCCCCCCUCCGAACUCAAACGACUGCAUCAUAAUCAUACAAAACAACUAUAUUGCGAAGGGGGCGACCAUCAACGUGUUCGCGAGUCGUUGAAAUAGAUCCAAUCACGCUGCUCCAACUGCAGAGUCCCCUGCGGCCUUCACUAGCGAGGCAGACAGCGGCCGCCGAGCACAAUCGUGAAGCAUAGUACUGAUAAAGUAGGAUCGCCAAAUUAAAUUAAUGGUUGGAGGUGAUAGGUUAUCUGUUCACCUGACCUGAGAAUAGGAUUUAUGAUUUAAACACACCGCUUCUGUCCCAAUUGACUGCGACAUCUAGCAAGACGAGGUAUUGGCAGGACUCAUUCACCCGUGCGCCUGUAUGUGUGGAGAUGCAGACGGCUUUUUAACAAAAAAAUUGCGACGGACCGUAUGCACUUUGUGAUCGUAGUUAUUUCAAUAUUCCUAUCUCACGAAAGCUAAAAUGAGCUUGGAACGAAG